GUUAAAGGACGGAUGAUUAUUAAAAAGAAAUUGAAAUCCAAAAUGCCUACUCUCAAGCGAUGCAAAGUAGGAGAACCAGGUUGUGAAGACGACGAUAGUCCAGGGAUUACAAAGAAAAAGAAGACGAAUGGGUAUUGCCCGCUUGAUCUGCUUGGCGAGGUCGCCGCCGGUAGAAUUCCGUUAAGUGGUUUUGGAUUACGUCGAGGGUUUGGUGAUGAUUGCGAGGAAUUAAGCAAUGUGGCAGCUUCUUGGUGCUCCGAAGUCUCUUACUGCCCCGGCGAGGUGGAGUCUGAACCAAGGAGACGAGACGGUUGGAAAGUGAAAAAUCACACUGCAGAGGCUUUCCGUUCACCACUAGUCAAAACGUCUCGAGGACGCGUUCGGGUACUCCCUUCUCGUUUCAAUGACUCGGUUCUCGAUCCGUGGAAGAAAGAGAAGACUAAACUCGUUGCUCCAGAACGCAACUUCACUACUGAAACAGCAUUCUGCAAAAAGGAGAAGUUCAACUGUAAAAUUCCAAAAUUUGAUUAUCGGAUCACCAAGAAACUACGCAAGGAGGAUAAAUUCACGUGGCAAAGCGCCAAAUGUACUCCGUUGUACAGAGAAGAAGAUGAAGAUGAAGAAAACGAAGAAGAAGAAGUGGGAAAUAUGGGGUUGAAGAGUUUUGAAAUUAGGAAGUAUUCUAGCUCACGUAGCUCGCUUACAUCUCUUCACGAGCAGAUGACCGAAGUUGCUAAGUCUCCAUCCUUGGUAGAAGUUGAAGAGCCCUUCAGAACUUUUGACCUGACAUGCACAGAUAGGUCGUUGAAGGAGAACAAUGAGAAGCGGAAAGGUUUCUACCGGCCGGAGGACUUUGUUCUGGGUGAUAUAGUUUGGGCAAAAUCCGGAAAGAGGUAUCCUGCAUGGCCUGCCAUAGUCAUUGAUCCGAUGUUGCAAGCUCCUGAAAGAGUAUUGAAUUCCUGCGUUGCGGGAGCAAUUUGUGUAAUGUUCUUCGGAUACUCUGGAAACGGAAAAGAGAGGGACUACGCAUGGGUAAAGCAUGGGAUGAUUUUUCCAUUUUUAGAUUAUCUUGACAGAUUUCAGGGGCAGACCCAGUUGCACAAGAGCAAGCCCAGUGAUUUCCGGAUGGCUAUAGAAGAGGCAUUUUUGGCCGAACAUGGUUUUAUGGACAUGUUGACAGAUGAGGUGAACACAGUGGCUGGGCUGUCAGAUUACCAUCAGUCUAUUCCUAGAGGUGCCCAAGAGGCCACUGAUUCAAAUCAGCAGCAGGAAUGUAACUCUCAGAACAAGGAUGUGCUUGAGAAGAAAGGCUUACGACUGUGUGAUGGUUGUGGGUUGAGCCUACCCAAAACUACAAAGAAGAUGAAGAGUUCUAGUCUGAAGUCCCAGUUUUUAUGCAAACAUUGUACUACGUUACAAAAAUCAAAACAAUAUUGUGGCAUAUGCAAGAAGAUUUGGCAUCACUCUGAUGGUGGGAGUUGGGUUCGCUGUGAUGGAUGUAAAGUUUGGGUUCAUGCAGAGUGUGACAAAAUUUCCGGCAACCUUUUCAAGGAUCUUGAAGACUCUGACUAUUACUGUCCCGAUUGCAAAGCAAAGUUUAACUUUGAGUUAUCAGAUUCAGAAAAAUGUCAGGCAAAACAAAGGUCUAACAAAAACCCUGGGCAAUUACUGCUUCCGGACAAGAUAACUGUUGUGUGCAAUGGCAUGGAAGGGACAUAUGUUCCAAGUCUUCAUUUAGUGGUGUGUGGGUGCGGGUCAUGUGGACCAGAGAAGCGAUCACUUAGUGAUUGGGAGCGACAUACAGGUUCCAAAAAGAAAAACUGGAAGACAAGUGUUAAAGUGAAAGGUUCAAUGCUACCACUGGAACAAUGGAUGCUGCAGGUUGGAGAGUAUCAUUUACGUGGUCUUGUUUCUGUUACUCCUCUUAAACGACCUUCUCUGAAGGUACAGAAGCAGAAGUUGCUUGAUUUCUUGCAAGAAAACUAUGAACCUGUACAUGCUAAGUGGACGACAGAACGGUGUGCUGUUUGCAGAUGGGUUGAGGAUUGGGAUUACAAUAAAAUUAUUAUCUGCAAUAGAUGUCAAAUAGCAGUCCACCAAGAGUGCUAUGGAGCAAGAAAUGUUCGUGAUUUCACUUCAUGGGUUUGCAGAGCAUGUGAAACACCUGACGUAAAACGGGAGUGUUGCCUUUGUCCUGUGAAAGGGGGUGCUCUGAAGCCGUCUGAUGUUGAUGAUCUGUGGGUUCAUGUGACAUGUGCGUGGUUUCAACCAGAAGUUUCUUUCUCAAGUGAUGAGAAGAUGGAACCUGCUGUUGGAAUUUUGAGAAUUCCAUCACAUAAUUUUGUUAAGGUUUGUGUGAUCUGUAAACAAAUGCAUGGUUCCUGCACACAGUGUUACAAGUGUUCCACAUAUUAUCAUGCAAUGUGUGCAUCAAGGGCGGGGUAUCGCAUGGAGUUGCACUGCUUGGAGAAAAAUGGGAGACAGAUCACAAAAAUGAUCUCAUAUUGUGCUUAUCACAGGGCUCCAAAUCCAGAUACUGUUUUAGUUAUACAGACCCCAAUAGGGGUUUUCUCUGCCAAAAGCUUGCUUCAAAAUAAGAAGCGGAUGGUUUCCCGGCUAAUGUCAUCCAACAGAACAGAAGUUCUAGAGGAUUCAGCCUCGGAGAUUGAUCAGUUUGAAUCAUCUUCUGCUGCAAGGUGCCGGAUCUUUAAAAGAUCAAAACAUAAGAGGACUGGCCAAGAGGCAAUAGCACACCGAGUAAAGGGGCCAUGUCAGCAUCCGUCGGACACAAUAGAAUGCUUGAAUACGUUUAGGGAAGAACAGGAUCCCAGAUCCUUUUCAACAUUCAAGGAACGGCUUCAUCACUUACAGAGAACCGAAAAUGAUAGAGUUUGCUUUGGUAGAUCCGGCAUACAUGGAUGGGGUCUCUUUGCUCGUCGAAAUAUUCAAGAAGGAGAAAUGGUCCUUGAGUAUCGUGGUGAGCAGGUUAGGGGCAGUGUUGCAGAUCUAAGGGAGGCACGCUACCGGUUGGAAGGCAAAGACUGCUAUUUGUUUAAGAUCAGUGAAGAAGUAGUGGUUGAUGCCACCGACAAAGGGAACAUCGCACGCUUAAUAAAUCAUUGUUGCAUGCCCAAUUGCUAUGCAAGGAUUAUGAGCGUCGGGAAUGAUGAGAGCCGGAUUGUACUAAUUGCUAAGACAAAUGUUUCCGCCGGUGAUGAGCUAACUUAUGAUUACUUGUUCGAUCCUGAUGAAUGUGAUGAGUUCAAGGUUCCCUGCCUCUGUCAAGCACCCAACUGCCGGAAAUUCAUGAAUUAGCUGACAUAAUUACCAUUGUUUCUCCAAAAUGGAGCACUGACCAACUCCCCUUACAAGAUCUCAGGGUUUUGUUAGCUAAGUAUAUAUUUACUUUUCCAUUUUUUCUUUGAUAAUCUUUCAAGCUUAAUAAAAGCUCAAGGUUACCCCUCUUCUUUUUUCUCUUUUUUAUCUUUUGAGAUUUUCCCCUUUUAGGCAUUCUUCAUGUAAAUUGUUCUACUGUUCCAUCAAUUUAAUUUAGCGCUUUUUUCA